UCUAAAUAUAACCUAAGUCGAAGUAAUGUCGUGAUUAUAUCCAUAAUGUCUAACCUUGUUAUCGGCGGUGGACUCUCCGGCUUAUCCGCUGCUUAUUACCUUGCCAAAACCCUUCCCAGCCAAACCACUAGGCUAAUAGAAUCGUCUCAAAGGUUAGGCGGGUGGAUCAAAACAACUAAGGAAAAUAACAUCAUUUUUGAACAGGCUGCAAGAACCAUACGGCCGAGGGGAGAAGCGGGAGCGAAUACUUUAGAUUUGAUCGAAGAGCUAGACUUGGAAGACGAAAUUGUGCCGAUAUUUUCUGACAGCCCAGCAGCAAAAAACCGGAUGCUUUAUUGCGAUGGAUAUUCUGUGCGAGAUUAACCAUUAAUCCUUUCCAAGGAAAAUCCGGUUUAAUCAGAUCUAAAAUCAGUUUAUUAUAAGUGAGCGGCAAACAAAGCUAGGUAGCUGAGCUCCAUGUUUAAUUCGCCUGU